CAGCCUGCCACAUGCCCUUUUCAUAUAGGUUUAUUCCUUUGGAAACUUCCGCCGCCGGCUUGCCCGGGAACUACUUGUACUUUUCCUGGUUGAAUUGAGGAGAGGGACCCGAGACGGUCUGGUAUGGAUUGCCAUUCACUUCUAAUACUUUUGUACAACCACCCAAUAGGGGCCUUGGUAAGGGCAGGAUGACCGCCCUACACAAGGAUUUUUGACCAUGGCACAUAUUGUGGUUCUAGCCGGCGCUUUGUUUGAUUGACAUGUGCCAUGUGAUCUCAUAGACGCGUGGGGUUGUAUCUUUGCGGUUUACAAUGAAGUCCAGCUCUUCAUCCACGAACUACGAUCCUGUCCCGAAAUCUCUCUCUUUUCUUUGGACGAUCUGAGGAGAGACCUGUGAUCAGUGCACUAACAGCUGCUUGGAAUUGAAAAGGGACCGCGCUUGGAAUUGUUUACAGCGGUGUGUCUCAGGUCAUUAUUUGACUGCAGAUCAUUGGUGCGAGGUUGCGUGCGCACAUUUGUUCCCUGCACAUUUGGUGUCUUGAGCAAUGUCAUGGCCCUUGGUUGUUUGUCGUUGCAGGAUGCUUGCCCGGAUGGUUACUACAAGAAUGGCACAGGCAAGUUGGGCAGAAGGUGCUUGACUUGCCCAGCAGGAAUUUCAAAAUGCAUCAGCCCAACGGUUGCCACUGAGUGUCGAGAUGCCAAAUAUCUCACCACUCACGGAGCUUGUGUCGAUGCAUGUCCGGAUGGAACCUACCCAACAGGCCACAGCAGCAUUGGCCGCACCUGCCAAGCUUCUUCAUGCUGCAACAAGUUAGCGUGUGUGGGACCACUGCAGAGUCUACCACCUUGAUACAAGAAUUUGGACACCAACCUUUGCAGUAGGUCUUGAUGUUCAGUGUUAUUCGUUGAGUCGAGCUCAUUCAACUACUGUACUUGCCUGCAGUCCCUCGUGCAUCCUGACUGAGGUUUGCGAGGCAAGCUGUGCCCAAUGCACGCAGGCCAAUAUAUGCUUGCAAUGCAAGAAUGGCUGGUACUUGACUGCUGAUUUAUGGUGCGAGGAGGGCUGUCCAGACGGCUAUUUUCGAAAGGGCACUGACAACGCACUGGGACGUAGUUGCGCUCCAUGUCCUGAGAAUGCGUUGAAGUGCAUCGGACCUGCUUUGAUCACUGAAUGCCGGAACUGGUUGUACUUGACCCCAGAUGGCACGUGUGCGCCAGGCUGUCCACAAGGCACAUACCCUUCUGGUUUGAAUGCUGUUGGACGGCGAUGUGAGUCAUGCCACAGUGAUUGCAUGACUUGCACGCGGGAAAAUCAAUGCACCCAAUGUCGAAACGGCAAGUACUUGACCCCAAGUUCCUGGUGCGAAGCAUCCUGCCCCCAUGGGACUUACAAGAAUGGAACAGGAGCAAUUGGAAACACAUGUGAUCCUUGCCCUGGCGACUACAGUGCUUGCAUCCACCCAACUUAUGCGACUGAAUGCAAGCACGCAAAAUUCUUGACGCCAGACGCAGCUUGCAGAGACACUUGCCCACAAGGCUACUUCCAAGAGGGCCUUGGUGAGCUUGGGAGGCAUUGCCCGCGAUGCCAUGAGAACUGCAAGUCUUGUUCAGCACCGGCUUUGUGCACAGUUUGUGACAAUGGAAAGUUCUUGAGCCCGAACAUGUGGUGUGAUGACACAUGUCCUGAUGGUUACUACCGAAAUGGAUCUGGCAAGAUUGGAAACACAUGCCCAGCGUGUCCGAAGCACGCAAGCAAGUGUCUCAAUGCCUCGCAUUCCAUUGAGUGCAAGGAUUCUCGUUACUUGACACCAGACUUCACUUGCGAGGUGGAUUGCCCUCGAGGUCUUUUUCAGAAAGGUGCUACCACAACUGGACGCGUUUGCUCCCAAUGUCCGAGCAAUUGCACUCUUUGCGUGAAAGGCACUGCAUGCAGAGAAUGCAGGAACAACCUCUAUCUCACCCCGAAGUUUUUGUGUGAGGCCGAGUGCCCGUCUGAUCAUUAUUAUGAGCCAGCAUCGUCAUUGAAGCAGAUUGAUUGGAAGAAGCUGCCUGAUCAUAGUUGCGGCGGCAAUGAACUAUGGCAGUGGUCAGGUGGGGGAGACUCGAAGUAUGGCGAGCAGUUUGUAGACAAUUUGGUGGGGUGCCAGCUCAUGUGCAUGGCCAGAGCUGAAUGCGCAGCCUUUGAGAUGCGUGAUGACAGCAACAGUUGUUCUUUCUGGAAAGCUGAGCCUUUAGCCCCGAAAGCAACGAAAGGAAUUCAUUGUUUCCAAAAAGUUGGUCUUGUGCCCAAAAAAGCCAAAGCAACAACAGGGGAAGUUGUGCUUCCUGCUGCAGGGAUUGCAUCGAUGAGUUCUAGCCUGGAGAGCACUUUGCCGCGCCUUUGCAACGACGGGCUUGUAGCAACUCGGUGCAGUUCAACGUGGAAUGAGGCGGCUGGAGAACAGCACCCUUGGUGGCAAUUAGACCUUGGGGCCAAUGAAACGGUGGUGAAGGUCCGUGUCUUGAACCAGCCAGAAAAUUGUGAGGCAUUGUCCGAGGAAUUGACUGGUCUCCACUGCUCUUUGUUGGGUGGAGUUGUGGGUGUCAGCAAGAGGCCUUGUGAGAAAGGCAAACUUUGCAACGGCACAGUCUGCGGAACAUUGACGCAACCAGGAGCUGAUAAAUGGUAUGAGGUUUCUUGCGACCGUUCUGAAGGGCGCUAUGUUUACCUUCAACUCCAAGGAUACCGAGUUUUGAACUUCCAUGAGCUCGUGGCCUACAAGGUAUCAACCAGCGAAUCCUGUGUCGAGACCUGGCAAAUGACCAACAUCGUGCAGAAAGGCGAUACCUUCAUUGCAGCAAAUCAGAAUGGUGGAGAUGCUUUUGCAGUUGCAGGGCCUGUGUCAAGCUUGGCUUUCAAGCCUGGCCAGGAUGAUCGGUCUGUAUGGGUCGGCCUAACCACCGACCCCACAGACGAGAAGGACUUUGAAAAUGGUAGGUUUGUCCUCUUGACAGCGCAUGG